ACAUUAAGGUACGAGGGGGGAGGGGGGUCGGAAAUUUGGGAAAAACGUCCUAUUUAAUUUAUGGAUGGCCCCUUAAGGAAAUCAUUUAUUGAUGAUAUCUCAUUAAUUAAAUAUAUUAUAAUGAUAACUAAUGUUGGAAUAAUGUGUAUCCGUAAAAUAAAGCUAUCUAAUUUUAAAGGAAUUUCGUUGUUGAUGUUUUUCCUUUUUACAGUCAGAAAUAAAUAAUUUUCAUGUGAUUAUUCCAUGAAUAAUGUUUUUUUUUUUUUAACACUGAUUUAUUGUAUCGUAAAUACCUACAGUUUGUUUGUUCGUUUGUUUGUGUGUUUGCUUUUUUUUUGUUUUUUGUUUGUUUGUUUUUUUUUUGUUUUUUUAUGAGUAACGCAUCAUCUGCCGUUUUUUAGUGAGUAAAUAAUAUUCAUGCAGUUAGAGUAUAGGAUAGAUAGACAAUCAAUGGGUAUAAGCACCGGUACUUGAUUACGAUCUCCAGGGUUUAAUUUUUCACAAUCAGCAGAUUUUAUAAUCAAUUUAAGUUAAAAUCAUAUCAAAAAUAUGUUUCAGAUCAAGGAGACGAGAAUUUAACCAUAAAAUUCCUGCGCUCCAAUGAGCCGCAGGAAACCGCGGAUCCGGCCCGAAUUCAUACGCCAUUAUCACGCUCACCAGCACCAAAGCCGUUCUCAUCACAGCCGUUCUCACCACAGCGAUUCUCACCCCAGCAGCGGCCAUAGAAGCAGAGGAUCUCCGCCACCCCAUAAAAAAAUGGAGCUUUUUACGAGGAAAUGGCUGAGUAAAAGAGCCAACAACAAGCAACCCGACAACAAGCAGCCUGCUCAGACGAGGCUGGAGGGGAUGCGGACAAAGUUCCGCAUCGAAAGGGAGCCAUCUCCUCCACCUCAUCAAGGAGACGAGAACCUAACAAUACGAUUCCUGCGCUUCAAUUAGCCGCAGGAAACCCCGGCUCCGGCUCCGCCCCGCCCGGAAUUCAGAAAAUCUGGACACCACAGCCACUCUAAUUAUUCACACGGUCACCGAGGCUCUAGUUAUCACGCUCACCACAGCCACUAUAGUUCUCACGCCUCAAGAACCACCACCAGAGGACCACCGCCAGCCCCCCCAAAAAUGGAGCUUUUUACGAAGAAGUACAGAAAAGGAAAUGAGAAGCUGACAAGAGAUAGCCGCCUGUCAAGCCAGCCUGCUCAGACGAGGCUGGAGGGGAUGCGGACAAAGUUCCGCAUCGAAAGGGAGGCAUCUCCACCACCUCGUAAGUUGGAAAAGUUAGGUUUCCUUUCCGAUUUUUAUCUUUGUGUCUUUCUCGUUUAGCUUCUUAUCAAUGUUGGUUUUAUUUUUCCCCUUAAAAAAUACGAUAUUAGGUAUAUGUUCCUUUUAAGAAUGAAAUGCUUUUUCUUUUAAUAAAUGAAGAAGAAAAAAAUGAGAAGGCAAAAAGGAUGCGAUUUUCAAUGAGUGAUUAAUGAACCAUUACAGUAAAACAAAAAUGGGAGAGAGUCAGGGAUUUUCCGAGAAACUUUCACUGCACAUUGAUUGAGGAAUAUGAUUGGUUUGAUUUUCAGUUUUUAUUCUUAUAAUUUUUAAAUUAAGUAGUUAUAGUUAAUUUCAUGACGUAUACUUAGUUUGUGUCGCCCUCAUGCAUACGUUAAAAUGAAAUCCCAUUUUACCCUGAAGACGACACCGGAGGACCCAAUAUAACCUCCAGUUAAUUACAAUCGUACUCUCAGUUUCGACCUCAAGUAUAAUAGUGGCACACGAAAAAUAAAAUGUAUCAAAGCGACAAUAUGCACAUUUUUAUUUCAUGUGGUUAGUAUUUACUAUUUACACGUAUUCAAAAGAGAUACCAAGAUACUCACGUAGAAAAAUUGUUAGAACUAAUGUGCCAAAGUAAAAAAUGCGCAUCGUGAGUUUUCAUACCACACUAGACUUGGUAAA